GUUCAUAUGGUAUGGUAAAAUGGCUUCAGUACAUCACGGUUGCUGAAUUCGGCGUGUACCUAAUGUAGCCAUUCUUGCUUCUUAACUAUCUACUAUCUAACUUUCCUAUUGUGCCAUAGAUUUAGAACUCCCCCCUAUUGUUUUAAUGUUACAUCCUCCAAAAAAAAAAAAAGAAUAGAUAAGGUUGUUUUGCAAGUCAGAAGCUUGAUUAAGCACGUAAACAACUUCUGAUGCUGCUGGCUGAAAAGAGAGAGAGAAAGUGAAGACUCGGAGUCUUUCUUGUGCCUCCUUUGUCCAUUUUUUAUGCUAGUCUAGUGUUGCAAAAUAGUCCUAAAGCGAAUUGACCUUGUUUUUUGGUCUCAGAAAUUGAAGGGAAACAGGGGAGUCAAAAAAAAUAAAAAUAAGAAAACAGCUGGUUUGGUUUAAUUUGAUAGAAAAAGGCAUUUUAUCGCAGAACUGAAGGUCUUGUUUGGGACCCUCCCUGCGUAUCCCAGACGCUCUAAAGCAGAGAAAUAUUCUCUAACUCUUCUUAGUUUUUCCCUUUUGUUAAAUUUAUCUGCUUUCAAAUAAUGUGAAGAUUGUAACUGUUAAAAAAAGAAGGAAACUUUAAUAGGUUGCAUUCAGAGUUCUUAUUAUGAUGAUUAUUGGAUGAUGGGCUUUUCAUACUAAUCUGCUAUGGGUGUUCUCUCAGAAUGCUUUGUUUGAGGUUUACUCCGGUUAGUUUCACUAAAUGGUGGGAACCGGUUCAAUUUCACCGCAUGAAUAAAAAUGUUGUGAGACAAUGAUCAAACUGAAACUUGCAAGUGAAAAAGGUUAUGAAGGUAUGUGCUGCUAAAGGUCCUCGACCAAGGUAUCCCAGAGUUUGGAAAACCAGAAGGAAAAUAGGGACUAUCUCCAAGUCUAUAAAACUUGUUGAAUGUAUAAAGGGAUUAUCGAACGUCAAGGAAGAAGUUUACGGUGCUCUCGAUUCAUUUAUUGCCUGGGAACUGGAGUUCCCUCUAAUUACAGUUAAGAAAGCUUUAAAGACCCUUGAAAAUGAAAAGGAAUGGAAGAGAAUAAUUCAGGUCACAAAGUGGAUGCUAAGCAAAGGUCAAGGAAGGACCAUGGGAACCUAUUACACGUUGCUUAAUGCUUUGGCUGAGGAUGGGAGGCUUGAUGAGGCUGAAGAACUCUGGACUAAGUUAUUCUCCGAAAAUCUGGAAAGCAUGCCUCGUCUUUUCUUUGAGAAAAUGGUAUCCAUAUACUAUCGCAGGGAAAUGCAUGACAAGAUGUUUGAGGUAUUCGCUGACAUGGAAGAGCUUGGAGUAACACCUACUAGGUCAAUUGUGAAAAUGAUUGGAGAUGUGUUUCAGAAGCUUGGUAUGAUGGACAAGUGCCAAAAGCUGAACAAGAAAUAUCCACCACCAAAGUGGGUAUAUAGAUAUAUCAAGGGAAAGCGUGUCAGAAUUAAAGCCACAGAUCUUUAUGAUUCUGAUGAUAGAAAUUCUGUAGGUGAUUCUGAUGAUGAUGCUAACAGCGCUUCAUCUGGGUCAACUGAAAAUACUGAAAUUCAGAUGGAUGAGCAGGGUGAGGUUGACCAUCAUCAGAAUCAAGCUACUGAUGUACGUUCUUUGGAAUCUGUUAAACCAAUUGAAUCUAAAGUCUUCUGAGCCCUUUUGUACAGUUAAAGUUAUUUGAUUAUUCCAAAAUUCAUGCUCAAUAUAUGUAUAUUUUUUUGCCUGGAGAAAGUCUUGACUUGAACUCCACCCCAUGUAUGAGCCUGGAGGGAGAAAGGGAGAAAUUUACAUGGCUUCAGCCUGCGUAGCUCUUCCUUUCCCUUGGUGCAUGCAAAACUUA